ACCUCCACCUACCCUCGCUUCCCAGUCGCGUACGUGGGCAGUCCACACGAAACGCCCACCCUGAUCACCCGCAUCUGCAUUGGGAGCGUGAAGGAAGAAAAAAAAGGAGGACAUGACGCUGCUGUGUGUGCCGCUGGUGGGGCGGACGGUCGAGGAGAUGAAGAUCGACGCGGCGGCUGCAGCAGCCGCAGGGGGCGACCUUGUCGAGAUCCGACUGGACUACAUCGAGGGGUUCCGCCCGCGGGAGGACCUUCCACGUCUGCUCCACAGCUGCCCGCUCCCCGUCCUUGUCACCUACCGGCCUAACUGGGAAGGAGGUCGCUAUGAGGGUGACGAUGCCACUAGAUUUGAAACACUCAGUUUAGCUAUGGAACUAGGUGUAGACUAUGUUGACAUCGAGUUAAAGGUUGCUGACAAAUUUGUCGAUUUUCUUUCUGGUACUAAGCCAGAUAAGUGUAAACUUAUUGUUUCUUCACAUAAUUAUGAAAGUACCCCAUCCUGCGAGGAGCUUGCAAAUCUUGUAGCCAGAAUACAAGAAGUUGGAGCUGACAUAGUUAAAGUUGCAACAACUGCUACAGACAUUGUUGAUGUGUCAAGGAUGUUUCAAGUGAUGGUGCACUGCCAAGUGCCUAUGAUUGGAUUGGUGAUGAGUGAGAGAGGUUUGAUGUCAAGGGUGUUAUCCCCAAAAUUUGGUGGAUAUCUUACCUUUGGAAUACUUGAUGCUACAAAGACAUCAGCACCUGGGCAACCAACACUUGAAGAAUUAUUGGACAUUUACAAUAUAAGGUGUAUAGGACCUGAUACAAAAGUUCUUGGUCUUAUAGCCAACCCAGUAAAGCAAAGCAAGAGCCCAAUUUUGCACAAUAAAUGUCUACAGUCUGUUGGAUACAAUGCUGUUUAUCUUCCACUUCUGGCAGACGAUCUUGCUAGAUUUCUUGACACAUAUUCAUCUUCAGAUUUUUCAGGAUUUAGUUGCUCUCUUCCUUUCAAAGUGGAUGCAGUGCAUUGUUGCCAUGAACAUGAUGCUGUUGCUAAGUCAAUAGGUGCCAUAAACACUAUAAUUAGGAAAUCAGACGGCAAACUAGUGGGCUACAAUACAGACUACAUUGGAGCAAUUUCUGCUAUUGAGGAUGGCAUAGGAGGUCUGGGGUCAAAGGAUGCUGCUAUAUCACCAUUGUCUGGCAGGCUUAUUGUUGUUGUAGGUGCUGGUGGUGCUGCUAAGGCAAUUGCCUAUGGGGCAAAGAAGAAGGGUGCAAGAGUUGUAGUAGCAAAUCGUACCUAUGAAAAGGCAGUUACUCUUGCCAAUGCAGUUGGUGGUCAGGCCCUGAGGUUAGAUGACCUGGAAAAUUUCAGGCCUGAAGAAGGGACGAUCCUCGCUAAUGCAACAUCAUUGGGGAUGUACCCAAAUGUUGAUGGCACGCCUGUUCCGAAGAAAGCUUUAAGUUUCUAUGAUGUUGUGUUUGAUGCGGUAUAUGCUCCAAAAGUUACACGGCUUUUACGAGAAGCAGAAGAACAUGGAGUGAAAGUUGUUAGCGGUGUAGAGAUGUUUGUUAGACAAGCCAUCGGCCAGUUUGAGCAUUUCACUGGUGGUGUAGAAGCUCCUGAAAGACUGAUGCGCGAGAUAGCAGCACAGUAUACCUAGCAGGUUCCUUUGUCCAUCUUUUGGCAUCUUCAUCGUACAAGUCAUUGUGCUAACACACGCAUAAUACAACAAUGCUUGAAGCUAAGGACUUGAUUUAUGUUAACCAGAUUCGAUUA